AUGGUGGAAAUCGUUUUCGCCGCGGCCGGCGCCGCGGCGCUCCUCGUCAUCCUCAUCGCCGCCUGCGUGUGCUGCUCGAGGAAGACGGCGCCGAGGAGGAAGAAGAGGCCUCACAAUCCCAUGCAUUACUACGCGGAUUCGUCGUCGGUGUGCAAAGGUAAUAGCAGCAUGUACUACCCGUCCGGGCCGCAGCCGCAGUGGCAGAGCGACACCGGCGCGGCGGCGGCGACGCUGAGCACCUUCGGCCCGCCGGGUGGGGGUGGCUGGCAUCCACAACCGCCGCCCGACAUGACCUCCGGCGCGUCGCUGCCGCCGCCGCCUCCGCACGAGGCGCUGGGGCUCGGCAAGGGCACGUUCAGCUACGAGGAGCUCGCGGCGGCCACAGGCAACUUCUCGGCGGCGAACCUGCUGGGGCAGGGCGGGUUCGGUUACGUGCACAAGGGGGUGCUCCCCGGCGGCCGGGUGGUGGCCGUGAAGCGGCUCAAGUCCGACAGCGGGCAGGGGGAGCGCGAGUUCCAGGCCGAGGUGGACAUCAUCAGCCGGGUGCACCACCGCCACCUCGUCUCCCUCGUCGGCCACUGCAUCGCCGGCGCGCGCCGCGUGCUCGUCUACCAGUUCGUGCCCAACAAGACCCUCGAGUUCCACCUCCACGGAAAAGGGCAGCCGGUGAUGGAGUGGUCGACGCGGCUGCGCAUCGCGCUCGGAUCGGCCAAGGGCCUCGCCUACCUGCACGAAGACUGCCAUCCUCGGAUCAUUCACCGCGACAUCAAGUCGGCCAACAUUCUCCUCGACAACAACUUCGAGGCGAAGGUCGCCGACUUCGGGCUUGCCAAGCUGACGUCCGACAACACCACGCACGUGUCGACCCGUGUGAUGGGGACGUUCGGGUACCUGGCGCCGGAGUACGCGUCGAGCGGGAAGCUGACGGACAAGUCGGACGUCUUCUCCUACGGCGUGAUGCUGCUGGAGCUCCUGACGGGGCGGCGCCCCAUCGACGACGCCGCGCCGGGCACCGGGCACCCGUUCCUCGACGACAGCCUCGUCGACUGGGCAAGGCCGGCGCUGUCGCGCGCGCUGGCCGACGGCGACUACGACGGCGUCGCGGACCCGAGGCUGCGGGGCAACUACGACCCCGUGGAGAUGGCGCGCAUGGUCGCCAGCGCCGCUGCCGCCGUGCGCCACUCGGCCAAGAAGCGCCCCAAGAUGAGCCAGAUCGUGAGGGCGCUGGAGGGGGACAUCUCGCUGGAGGACCUCAACGAGGGGGUGCGGCCCGGGCAGAGCAUGGCGUUCGGCACACCGGCCGCGGCCUCGUACAAGGCGAAGGCUCCCGGGCCGUACACGUCCGACAUGGAGCGGAUCAGGCAGGCGCCCAUGGCGAGCCCAGUGUACAGCGGCGCGGUCGUCGAGUUCGGCCGUCCCUCUACGAUCGCCAGCGAGGGGUCCUUCUGCGACGAUUUGAGUCCGGUGAAGGGUCAGCCACACCGGUAG